UUCUCGUUUGACAGUUUGUUAUGAAUAAAAUGGCGAAAUUGUAGAAGUCAAACAAAGGAUUUUGAAAAGUAAAAGUGCAUGAAAAAUUCUUUAUUGGACACUGACUGGUCCAAUUUUUGGUGAUAAUUUACAGUCGAUAGUUAAUUUUCCAACAUGCUGUGUUUGGACGUUGUGCCCGAAUUUUCAUUGGGCUGUGAGCAAUGGCAAUUUGUUUUAGGAAUGCAUUUUUCCCAAGCAGUUGCUAUUAUACAGUUACAAGUUGGUAUAAUCAAAGGUGUCCAAGUUUUAUAUAAUGAUACUAAACCAUUAGAAAUAGACAUGGUAAUCAAUUUACCUCAAGAUGGAAUCAGAUUAUUUUUUGAUCCUGUGUCCCAACGGUUGAAAAUAAUAGAGAUAUAUUCAAUGAAAUCAGUUAAAUUGAAAUAUUUUUCAAAAUUCUUCAAUUCUCCUGAGGUGCUCCCUACAAUUCAAGUAAUUGAACAUUAUUUUGGUGCCACACAUCCUGGUGUUUAUGAUUCUGAGAAGCAACUUUUUAUGUUGAAUUUCAGGGGUUUGUCCUUCUCUUUCCCUGUGGAUCAAAAGUAUCAAACAGAAGGAUCCAAUAAUAGCUUUGUUUCUCUUCAAUUUCCUUCUGGAACUGCAGCCAUAGUUUCCCGCAUGACGAUAUAUUCAGGUGCCUCUAUCGAGCAUACAGUUGCACCUGAACUGCCUUUAUCCUGCUAUUAUGGGCAGGCCUAUCUGGAGAAGGCAGUCUUGUUGAGAGGACAGAACCGCACCAAGGGUAUUAAACUAAGUUUAGUUACUGCGUCCCAUACACGCGUUGCUGAAGCUAACAAAAAAAAAUUGGAAAGAAUAAUCCUGCUGGGUCAAACGGUUCAAGACAUCACCUCUGCUAUUGGUUGUCCAUCGAAGGUGUUCUAUAAAAGUGAAGACAAAAUGAAGAUUCAUACCCCCAAUAUCCAUAAGACCACUGCCGACCUUAGUGAUUAUUUUUUCAAUUAUUUCACUCUUGGAUUGGAUAUACUGUUUGAUGCACGCACAAAUUUGGUGAAAAAGAUGAUCCUUCAUACUAAUUAUCCAGGUCACUAUAACUUCAACAUGUACAUGCGGUGUGAGUUUUCUUUAGCUCUGAACGGCACAGAAAUAAACGCUUAUUCGCAAUGGAAAGACGUCAGCAAGGAUUUAGAGCCUAGCGAACAGCCGGUAGUCCUGAACAGGGCUAGUGCAACUAAUUCAAUAAACCCCUUUGGUAGUACUUUCUGCUAUGGAUACGAAGACAUUAUUAUCGAGGUUCUACCCAACAACCACAUUGGGUCACUAAGCAUAUUUGGAGAUGGUAGGAACUAUCAAAUUCCUCAACAUAAUGCGUGACAGAGGCUAUCUGCCACUUACCUUGUCCUGGCUAAUAGGUACUGGCAACCAUGACUCCCAUAAUUGGACACCUGCAAACGAAAAUUCAACACAAAAACUUAUUUAUCAUAAUCAUAAGUUGUAGGUGGCAAUGAGUACGAAGAGAUAAGGAUAAACCUAGAUUUUUUAGACUUAAAUUGUGUAAAUGUUUUUUUAAUGAUCUUCAUGGCUUGCAGAUUUAUCAGCCAAAUUUAAGAAUUUUUUUACAACUUUUUGGAACAUCAAAGGAGAAACUCUUAUUAUUCUGAUUAGUGAAUUUUGGAGAAAAAAAUAUCGAAAAAAAAAUUCAAAAUAAAAAAGAAAGAAAAACAUACGCUUAUGAUGUUAUUAGUCAAUUCAAUUUCAAUAAUUUAUUUCAUGUUUAUUGUUUACAUUCAAAUUUAUUGUAUAGUUUUAGAAAAAGGGUCAGUUAUUAAUCAACAAGUGUUCACUUUCAAUUGAAAAUUUUUUACUUACAACAACUUCAUUUAUGUUCCUUAUAAUAUAUGUGAAGCAAUUAAUUUUCAGAAAAUAUUUUGUUAUCUUUAUUGAAAAAAAAUUAUAUAAUAUUGUUUACAUAGUCUGUUUUUUUUUUUCGUGAUCAUUGUGAUAUAAUUUUCAAUAUUUUGUGUUUUAUGUUGAAAGUAUUUUGUACAUAUAUAAAUCCCUAUUGUUUUUAAGUUUAUUUUAAUAUAUUGUAUUACUGGGUAUUUUUAAAUAUUUGAUUAUUAACUUUUUUUCGAAUAAUAUUCCAUUUCCAUGAACAAUAAGACUUAAUAUUAAUAAAUAAAUGAAAUAAAAAUAAAAUGAACUGAAAUAUCCGGAGGAUACAGUUCCUCCAUUUCAUUUAUCAUAUCGGGUAUAAUGAUCAAAAACUACUUGGAAUUUUUUUUCACAUGAUUUCCAAAGUUCAAAAAACUUGUAGUAUAUGCUACAAUAGACCCAGUUCUAUUGAUAUUAAGCACCUUAUGUAAGGCACACUCAUCCACAUUUAUUUAUUUACAAUUUUAUCGAUUCAAAUAGAUUCUUCUUUUAUUUUAAGUAUUAUGAUUACUAGUACUUUCUUAAUAAAAUCCAGUAAUAUUAUUUCUGAAGAAGCUGUAUUGAGUACGAUGUAAAUAUUAUAGAAUAUCAAUGUGAUUCAUCAAAAAGAUCUCCUGAUCACACAAUAGAAAUUAUUCCUCAAAAAUAUAGUUUAAUUAACCAACCAAUUGUCUAUUAUAUGAUCAUUAAAUUUUCAGAAAGAAA